AUGGUGCAUCCCACACGUGCAACCUGUCUCGCCGCUUUCAACGACAUGUUCAAAACGAUUCAUGUGGACGAAAAGUUGUUUUAUACGGAGGUUAGACGUCGAUACUAUCUGCUGCCUGGGAAAGCUGUACCGCAUCGUCACGUCCGCUCCAAGCGUUAUAUUACCAAGGUGAUGAUGUUGGCCGCAGUAGCGCGUCCUCGUUGGGAUCCUGAGUCGGGGACCUACUUCGACGGCAAAUUAAGCAUUUCGCCGUUCGUCGAGCGGAAACCUGCUGUUCCUAGCAGCCAACGGCGCCCUGCAGAGACGACGGUAACGACAAAAGGGCAUGUGAACAAAUAA